AUGUGUCCUUUUGAGCCGUUUAGCGCCAAGGGAAUCGUCGAGGGUGAAGAUUUGGGUAAACUGAAUCUUGCUCUUGUGUUCUACAUAGAGCACAUUUUCCCCUCGAAAGCCCGGUGGAAAAAGUUCUUGAAUGUUGAUUUAUGUACUGUUAACAUCGCCUUUGAAAGAGAUAUCCAUAUUCAAAAGUGCUCUCCUCGCAAAGUUUUCAAGAGCGCCACAAAAGUUAUGACCGUCGGUCGCCGUUCCAAAUCAUCUUCAAUUUAUUACAUCAUGCUGUGA